AGUAAGAGUGGAGUGAGUUGUGUAUUUGCAAAAACAAUGCAAAGAAUGAACUUUGUUAACGUUGUAGUACUUUAAUAAGAUUUAUGCCUCUUUUAUUCCGUGCGGCCUAGUUAUGUGGGCUGAGGAAAUUUACAGAAAAAUACUCGCAUCGUGAGAAGAUGUAGCUAAUGGAUACAGGGGGAACAUAUCGAAGACAGGUAACGAGAGCCUGCAAUAGGACAGGUUCACAGAAUGGGGCAAAGAAAACUGAAAACGCAAAUGUUCUACGACCUUUAAGUGUCGAGAAUAUGGACGGCAGUGAUACAAUGGAGGACGACUGGGAUCAUCUAAAAAACGGUGAUUUAGAGCGGAAGGUUUUUGCACCGCGAUACAGUUUGGUCCGUGAGAUUGGUAGAGGUAGCUACGGUGUUGUCUACGAGGCAAUUGCACGAAAGUCUGGCGCUUUGGUUGCUGUAAAGAAACUGCGCUGUGAUGCACCGGAAAAUGUAGAGCUGGCUCUAGCUGAGUUCUGGGCCUUGGCGAGUUUAGAGAAACGCCACGAGAAUGUGGUUCAGUUGGAAGAAUGUGUACUUCAGAGGAAUGGUAUGGCUCAAAAAAUGAGUCAUGGGAACAAGCGAUCCAAGCAGUAUUUGCGGCUGGUAGAAACUUCAUUGAAAGGUGAGCGGGUGUUGUCGGGGAUGGAGGAGCCAUGCUACUUGUGGUUUGUGAUGGAGUUCUGCGAGGGUGGAGACCUGAAUCAGUUCAUCCUUUCGCGACGACCCGACCCAUGCAACAACGCCAGCUUUAUGCUGCAGCUGAGCAGCGCUGUGGCAUUCCUGCACCAGAACAACAUUGUGCACAGGGACCUCAAGCCUGACAACAUCCUAAUCUCAGAGCGUUCAGGGUCCCCGGUGCUCAAGGUGGCUGACUUCGGCCUGAGCAAGGUGUGUGCAGGGUUGGGCACGGGUGCAGGUGCGGGCCCUGGCCGUGACUCAUGCGAGCCCAAAGAAAGGAGCAGGAGCUGCGUGAACAUCAACAAGUUCUGGUUGUCGUCAGCGUGCGGCUCAGACUUCUACAUGGCACCCGAAGUGUGGGAAGGCCACUACACUGCCAAGGCGGACAUCUUUGCACUGGGCAUCAUCAUCUGGGCCAUGCUGGAGCGCAUCACGUUCAUUGAUGCAGAGUCAAAACGUGAGCUGCUGGGAACCUAUGUGCGCCAGGGCAGAGACAUUGUGCCUGUGGGCGAGGCCCUGCUCGAGAACCCUAAGAUGGUGCUGAGCAUUCCACAGCGACGCCGCUCGCAGAUGUCGGAUGUACUCCGUAAGCUCCUGCGGGAUAUGCUAGCUGUCAACCCUCAGGACCGGCCUGACGCCAUCGAGCUGCACAGCCGUGUGGGCCACAUCACAUGUACCACCUGAGCAUGCUGUUCCUUACUGGACCCCACAAUUCUGCACAGAGGAAACAAAGGGACAACUUUGCUUUGGACUACUGUGAAGAUUCACUUACAAAUCUAAUGUGAAGUAUAAGCUUACUCCCAAUUAGUUAUCUGUUAGGAUGUAACAAACCGAAACAUGUUGCUCUUCUGCAUACUGACUUUCUGUUUUAGAUUGUUUUACUGUUUUUAUUUUGUUUUGACCCGAGGAAGGUUGAAUUUUGUUGUUGGCUGUGACUUGUUAAUGUCUGUUUUCCACAGGUUUUUUUUAGCACCUCGUCUAAGAUGGAGACUUCGAGUGUAGUAGUGUGUGUUCACCCGCUAGGCAAAACUUUGCACAUAUUAUAUAUGCCUUUAAUGCUUUUCCAAAUAGGAAAUGUAAGUGCAUUCACAAUAGAUACCAUUGAAAACAUUAACCUGCUGUUUUUCAGUACAAGAUGUCUUGAAUAUCCUGCUUCAGAAAUGGUCAGCGAGUUGCAAUUUUCUCUAACCCAGGAGUAUGCUAAGAUAUUAAAGUGCAAACAAAGUAAAAAUGGAUCUAUUGGUCAAUGAUACAUGGCAGUAAAAAUGUUUAAUGUUCUUCCCUGAUGGGAAUAAUUGGAAUAAACCUAAACCAGCAUGCAUUUUAUUUUCUCAUUUUAAGCCUACUUGGAUGAGCCAGUUCUAUAUCUUAAAAUGAGGUUUAUUUUCUUCAUUUUUGUGUCUUGUUUUUUUGUAAUCUGUGCCUUGAAUUGCAAAUACUUGAGGGGUUAUUUAAAUGUAUGCAGUGUGUUCUCCUUACAGUUUACAUUUCAACCCUUCAUGUUAAGCAAAAACAGUUAACACCAGUGGGUGCCAGUGGAACACAGAGAUUAACACAGCACCAGUGAUGAGGGCUUAAAGUUCACUACCCAAUACCCCCAAAAGAAUACAAAACACGGGUGCAUGCAAAUGCUAAACCAAUGCUCAUUAGCACCAGGAGUUAUGUCAAUGAUCAGUUGACUCUGAUGCUGUAUUGCUGGUGCAUCAUAUGGCUGGCAUAUAUGGAUAAUUAUUUUCCACUUGUUGAAAUGGUUUAUUUACUUCUGUUAAUUAGAUGAAGGUGUUAAAUCCCUUUUCAUUGGUUGUGUUUAAAAGCCCAACAACCUUCUUCUAUAGGCAGGUUAAUUCCUACGUGAUGAUGCUUUUAAAAUACAAAUGCAAGUGUACACUGAUAAGCUUCCUGCAAAAGGUUUUUGUCUGUCACUGAAGCCAUGGGAACAUUAGUGAUCCAUGAACCAAAUACAGAGGCAGGUCUGCUCUUGACUUGAUCUGAACAGUUUGAGGAAGAAAGGUGUGUGCGUGUGUGUGCGUGUGCUGGCCAGCAAACUUCUAUGUGUGCUGUAGUUCUACCUCAGCAUUUUUGUGUAUUUAGAACCUGUCAACUAAUGAAUCAACUUGGUCUUGCAGACACAUAGUGGUAGUUGGUGGUGGUGUUAAACCUUGGACAAACAGAAAUAAUCAACCUUGACCAUAAGUCAGUCACCAGUUGAAACCUCAUGUUUGACCAGUAUUUUACUAUUUUUGUUGUUAUUUCCUUUUUAUUGUUUAAAUGUUCUUUGCUGUUGAGGAAACAAGCCAUUUGCCCUGUUUGAUGCAAUCUUCUCAGAGAUUUCUUGUGCUUUUGAUUUUAGCUUAAUUGUCAUUUUAAAGCAUUGGAGCCAAAUGUUUUUCACUUUGUCAGUUUCUCCAAUCCAGUCAUGAGGUACUAUUGCAUAUUUUAGUUUUUACUUCUCAGAUGUGCCUGAUUUUGACUAAUCAGCUAACACAGUGACACACACUUCUUGAUUUUCAAACAGGACAAACACUGUUGCCAUGCAGUUCUAAAAACAACUUUGGCUGUCCCUUGCUGGGACAGGGAUCAUUAUGUAUUUCUGUUCUGGUCAUGUCUUAUUUUCUUUUACUCUAGUCAGCAUAUUUGGUAUGUCAUUAGUUUUUAUUUUAUUUAUUCUUUGCACAUAAUGGCAAACUGUACCUUAUGCUUCUUUAUCAAUUUCUCAGUUGUAUUGAGUGACUGUUUCUGAGGAUUAAACAUUAAGCACAAGCCAUUAAUCCACAUUCAAAGGGCCUGUGAUCAUAGAAUGUAUUGUGCAGGUACCAGAGAUGAUCAGUCCAUUUUGGAAGGAAAUGAAGGAAAAACAGCCAGGGCUUGACCUUUCUCAAACAUGGCACAAAGCCUGUCAGAUUUGAUUUGAUUGUACAGUUUAUUUUUAAGUCAGCAAUCCACAGAAUGUUUUAAAAGUAUAAAGGAUGGAAUUGUGAGCAAGUGUGAUAUCACUUUCACACAGAUUAGAUUUCUCUUGCUGUGGUCAUGCUUCAUCACGACAUAUCAUGCUCACUACUAUGCAACCUCUCCUCCACUGUGAUGUUGCCCUGCUCUGUCCAAUCCAUUCCACCACCUCCUGUCCUGUUCCCACACCAUCACUCUUUGCCUCUAUCGGAACACUUUUAUGCUCUUAAUGACACUGAUUUUCAGAUGAUUUGGCCAAGAUCAUACAUGUUCAGGAAUAUCUGUCAAUUAUUAAUGUUAUUCUUUUGUGUUUGACUUUUCAAUAAACUAAAUACAAAAACUUUUUAUUAAUUUUCUGUUUGACAGUGAAGCAGAACAGAUAUGACUAAUAUCUAAUUUAAAACACACACACACACAACUAAUAUAUGUGUUUAUUAAUAUAGUAAAAUGGAGCAGAAAAUCAGAAACCCAAUUAAACUGCUUUGGGAACAGUCAUCAGGUCCAGCAUGCUCUUCUACCCGUUGGCUAGCUCAGGUAAUGGCACAUGCCAAAGAGGAUAAUGUGUUCCUGUACACAGAGCAAAAACAAACACCUACCCAUCAACACACAGUCACUGAUCUUACUCAAUCUGGUAGCCACAUUCAGCCAUGUCUUAGAGCCUGAAUUCAUAACUGCAAAUGAAAGCAGUUCUUAUGAAUGACACCUUUUCAGAAAUGUAGUCUGCCAUCCAAUGAAGGCCUGUUGGAAAUGGAACUGGUUGUGCAUUACAAAGUGUGGGGGAAAGGAAAUAGGCCUCCAGCCUGGUGUAUAUUGUGUGUGGUUAAGUGCAGGGGGAUGGUGUGUGUGCGUACAAGUGGGGAGGGGGAGGCACUCUCAGUAGCCAUGAUGGACGAGGGAAAACACAGCUUCACUAUGGCAGUCACUGCGCAGCGUGUCUGCUUGCUGAGAGUGGCUGCAGUGUGACCACAUAAUACCAGACUCCUAACAACUACCCCUGUUACAGGAUGAUGACUACAGCUUCGUGGAGUCCUGCACAUUUAUCUAUAUGUAUAGAAAAAUAGAUGUUCAGUUCUUAAAAUGAUGUUAGAAAUCCCUUAUCACACUAAUUCCCUGCCAUGAGCAGUGAACCACCAUCAGCUGUGAACAUGCGUUCCCAUAAUGGCAGAACUCAAAAAGAGAAAGGUUUAAAAGGAGAGAGGACAGAGGUCUGAGAGUCUGUCCCUCAGGACAUAUGUAAUAAACUCGGUGUGUGUUCCAAUUACCUAUCCAAUAGGCUCCAUUUCCACUGGUUAUGCUGCUUAACUUCAUGGAAAUUAAAAUCGAACCUUGUCUAAAGGUUUUUGAUGAUAAGCUGUCUUGUAGACUUUUUUUCUAAUUAUGAGCAAAAUUGUUCAUGGCAGUAUAUGGUUUUUAAUUGUAAAUCAGCAAUGCUGAUUAGUGACUAAUGUUACAUGCAACAUAGCAGAGGGAAAGGGAACAGAAAGUGCUGCAACUGCAGUAGCCUCAGAGAAGAGGCAGGGAAUAUGAUGAACACACGUGCACCUUGUAAAAUGAGUAUGCACCACACAUUGCUUUACUGACUGUGUAUGUGUAUUAUAAUAUGCUCUGGUUCUGUCCAGUAUAUUAUUCCAUUUUUGUGUGUCACUCUCUAGAAAUUUUGUUUUUACAGUGGUCUACCCCUCGUUUCCCAUCCUAACCCUAAUAAUUAGAGGGUAGCCUUGAAUAUGUCAUACACAGGUUAAUAUAAGAGCAAUCCCUGCCAAACAGAGAGAAGGGCAAGGGUCAUGUCAUGUCCCCAACACUUUCUGAAAUGGCUGAUUUUAUCCCCACUGCCUUUUGAAAGAGUACUCCAAAAAUAUUAGUGUUUCCUUUGCUUCAUUUAUUCAAUAAUAAUUCUAGUAAUAUGUUUGUUUUAGUCAAUAAAAGGAAACGCAUUAUGUUCCUAAUGACAGAAUCAGAAAAUGUGCAUAUUUUGUCACAAUGCAGAGAUGAUAGUUGGAAAUGACAUCUAAUGAAACAAAAAUAAAUUAUCAAAAUAAAUAGAAAACACAUACAUAUAUUAAAUCAUAGUGCUGAUACAUUUUGUAUUGUUCAGCGCCGAUAGGCUUGACAAAAUACGGCCAUAAGUCUGUUGUGAACGUCUUCCUUUCAGUCCCAACAGUCCCAUUCCCAACGUUAUAGUGAACAUGUGUGCCUGAGGACUUGAUUGCUUAAAGGGAACACGAAUUUGAGGGGCAGCUGAAUUGAAUGCAGUUCGCAUUCUUUUCCUCAGCAUUUUUCGAAGUAAAGUUACGAACCACAAACAGGUCUUCCACUGGGAAACAAAUAAGAAUGACAGUACAAUUUGAAUUUGGCUGAUGGAUCUCUGAAUGUACUUUUUAAAAACAGUGUCAGAUCUAUGCUGUCUCGUUCAACUUAUAGGUUCUCUACUGCAUGGCAGCCAUAGAGUGCUUCCUACCCCCUUAAAUAUACAUUACCUGUCACUAGACAGGUAUGUUUGCAGAGUCUCCCCAUCCACUCUUUUCAGUUUCUUCCCCCUUGAUGUAUGUUUGCUGAUGCAUAUAUGUUUUUGCAUAUCUGUGUAAAAGGUCAAAAAAAGCCAGUACAAGCUCAAUCUACAAUUUUGUAAGAAUUGGAAAAGCAUUGAGAUAGGUGAAAUUGUGUCUUUUGUAAUGGUGAGGACAUCUAACCACAUCACUCAGCUGCACCAAAGGUUGCACCCAGGCAUCUCUGAAGAGUGACUGGAGCUGAUACCAGUUCUUCUGAUUGGCAGAUUCAGAUAGGUUAGAUGGCAGCUAAUAGGUCUCAGACUGUUAAUUCAUUUAACAAAUUGAUAUGAUCUUCCACUGCCAUGUUGCUUGCCUGAACUGGAGAGUGAACACCUACAAAAGUCCAGUUCUUGGAAACGGCUAAUUUAAGCAAAAUCUUUUAAUAGAAUCAGCAGCCAUGAAAAUGUUAGGGAAUCUCUUUUUUUAAGUGAACUAGUUAAGAGUGAAAAAAAUAUUGUUUUGUUUGAUUAGGAGAAAACUGGCAACUGACUGAAGGUGUAGACAAUGAGACCUUCCCCCACUGAAAAUAAAGUGGAAGGCAGCAGAGUACAAGCCUUGACCCUGUCCUAUAGAAUAGCAGACAGAGUCAAGUUGCUUUUCAAAUAGAUACAUGCCUAAUUAAACAUCUAAAUUGUACUGUAUUGCUUGUUAAUAAGAUUAAUGAUCCAAAAUGUCAUUGAAGGUAAGCCCUGUGUUGUAAUUUUAGAAUCUUAUCAUCUUUAGCCGGUACAUUUGUUAUACUGCUGCUACUACUAAAACUACUGCAGUACGAGAGAGCGAUGUGUGGGCCCUCUCCUUUCAGGGGCAGUUGUGACUCCUGUCCUCAAAUUUCCUCUGACCAAGGCACCAACUCCAAAGCAGCUACAACGACUGACCAUCAUUAACUCCCUCCAGGGAGUGCUUAACCUGUGAGCUCACUAACAGCAUUGUGUGAGAGGGUCAGAGUGUGUAGGGGAGAGAUGGGCACUGGUGGUGUUUGAAUUAGGUGGGUUUAAGCAUUGCUCUGUCCAUGGCAUUACAGACCUGCUCAAACAGGUCUGAACUUGCAGGUCUAAUCUAAACAGGUUUAAAGUAAACAGUCUGGCCAGUUGGGAUCCUCAGUCUGUUUGAAGCUACCCAUAUAAGAUACAUUAGCCAAGCAAACACGUCACCACUGUGCAGAGUACCAUUUAAAAUCUUUGUAUGGUAUUGACUACAUAACUUUCAUUCUAAUAUCUUUCAUGUAUUUCAGUCUUCUCAAAGCAUCUUGUAACUCUGUUUUCACUGCUGUCCUGUCCAUGCUAAGAAUUUAAUUGAGAAAUAAAGCUCACGUCUGAUUAAA